AUGGCUUGGGAUCACCUCUCCAUCAACAAACCUCAUUUGGUUUAUAUAAUUUUGGGUGGCUUCACCUCAUUGUUUAUGCUGUGUUCCUCCUUCAUCAAGGAGCGCAUGUAUAUCGGUGAAGCCACUGUCGCCACGAUUUGUGGUAUUAUCUUUGGACCACAUGCCGCCAAUUUGAUCGAUCCCGACACUUGGGGAAAUACCGAUCAGAUCACUCUAGAAUUCUCACGAAUUGUCCUCGUUGUGCAAUGUUUUGCCGUCGGGGUCGAAUUGCCUAGGCAUUACAUGGAGAAACAUUGGAGGAGUGUAGUCUUUCUCUUGUUACCUGUGAUGACCUUUGGAUGGUUAAUCACAAGUCUUUUCAUUUGGUGGUUGAUCCCGCCGCUAAACUGGCUGCAGGGACUUUGCGUUGCAGCAUGUGUGACGGCGACAGAUCCUGUACUCGCUAGUUCGGUGGUUGGAAAAGGAAAAUUCGCAAAACGAGUACCGAAACAUUUGAGAGAUCUCCUAUCUGCCGAAUCAGGGUGUAACGAUGGAAUGGCAUUCCCAUUUAUCUACCUUUCCUUAUAUUUGAUUCGAUUUCACCUCAAUGCGAAAGAAGUCACAUUUGAUUUCAUUGUCAUAACCGUUCUUUACGAGUGUGUGUUUGGUGCAAUUUAUGGUUUUGUCGUCGGAUACAUUGGCAGGCACGGGAUCAAAUAUGCGGAAAGACACGAUUUGGUCGACAGAGAGAGUUUUCUCGUGUUCUACUUCGUCCUUGCUCUAUUCUGUGCAGGUUCAGGGAGUAUCCUUGGAGUGGAUGAUCUCCUUGUCGGUUUUGCGGCUGGCGUUGGUUUCUCGAACGACGGUUGGUUUACUCAGAAAACAGAAGAAUCUCAUGUGUCCAACGUCAUAGAUCUGCUUAUCAAUUUGGCAUAUUUUGUUUACCUUGGUACAAUUAUUCCGUGGGAACAGUACAAUGAUAUGGAAAUCGGAACUUCACCAUGGAGGCUCGCUGUUAUCGCUAUCUUGGUCAUUUUCUUUCGACGAAUACCAAUCAUGAUGGCACUAAAACCUCUGAUACCCGACAUAAAAACUUGGCGAGAAGCUCUGUUUGCUGGCCACUUCGGACCUAUUGGAGUGGGUGCUAUCUUUGUUGCUAUUCUUGCGAGAGCCGAGCUUGAGACUGACUCUACCACUCCGUUAACUGAGUACCCUGACCGAGAUGCACCGAAUUGGGAAUUGGUAACGGUAAUUUGGCCAAUUGUAACCUUUCUUGUUAUUUCCUCGAUUAUCGUGCAUGGAUCCUCUAUUGCCGUCUUUACCCUAGGCAAACAUAUCAAUACCCUGACACUAACAAUGUCCUACACUCAAGCUGGGGACGAUGGACCCUCUUGGAUGAAUCGUCUCCCUCGUAUCUCAUCGAUUUCGAGAUCUCAAGCUAAGACAGCAGGCUCGGAGACUGACGGCGAGGAUAUGAGACUGGAUGAAUUACCACCAGGUACUCUGCCACCCGCGGGAGGAAUUCCUGGAGGCUUCUUGCGCCGCCAAAAGGAGGAGGAUAAUCCAAGUCGCGCCAACAGUCGUCCUUCUUCAGUAAUUCCGCGACGCAGAAAGAAGAAGUGGGACGAUGGAGUAGGACCAGGUGGUCCUAUCAGCGAGUCGGCCAUUUAUCCUGCUCGACGAAGUCGCGACUACUCAACUGGACAUACAUCUGAUACAUUAACGCCCGGCGGAUCUUCGCCUGAUAACGAGAAAGCAAAAAUUGAUGACGAGUCAAAUGAAGGCGAACUUGGAGAAGUCCAACACGAUCCGGAGAUGGAAGAAAUCAUGCAUCAUGGCGAGAAGCAAAAGCGACACGAUGAGCACAUGUCGGACGCUCAACGCAAUCCUGACAAGGCGGAAAUUUUUGAUGAAGGUGAUCACAUCAUAAUCGAAAAUGAGGACGGCGAUGUAUUGAAAACCCUAAAAAGUCCAGAAGCUGGAACUCCCAAGGAAGAACUUGAGAAUAUUGAAAAGGGGAUCAAGCAAGGGUCAGAGAAAGCCUACAAAAAGUUUGGCAAGAUCAUGGGUGUUUGGAGGAACAAAGACGAGGCCAAGGAGCAUAUCGAAGGAGAAGGUUCAAAGGGGAAGAAAGGAAAGGAGCCUCACAAGACUCGAGGUCCAGCAUUGGCUUAUCAGUAUGGUAGAUCUAUUAUCGUUGAAGAUGAAGAUGGAGAAGUUGUCAAAACAUACGAAUUACCGCCCGACCCUAACAGCAAAGCCCCUAAGUCCGGCGAACCUAAUGCUGUUCGCCAAGGAAUACACCGUAUGGGUACAUGGACAGGACUUGGUGGCCACAAGGUAGACAACGCUACAAAGACAGAUGCUACAAGUGCAGAACCAGUCCGGCAAGGCAUAACUCGAAUGGGCACAUGGAAUUUCGGAAAGAAUACACCAAACACUGAAAACAAAGAAGCUGAAGAAGAAGAUGAUGACCGUCGUAUUAGAUUCACUAUUGGAGGAGCAGGACGCCGCCUAACUAAGGAAGACUUCUUAAAGGAAAUUCAAGGUUUGGACCCUAAAGCAAGAUGUGAGAUUGUCGAAGAAAGUGAUGCACCCAGGGCGAUGAAGGACUUGGCAAAGAGAGACGCCAGUGAUAAAACACAAGGAAGCUCCCGGUUGUUUGAAGCUCAAAAUACGCAACUUGCUGCUGGUGCACAAACUGCGCGAGUGGUUGCAAAACAAAUGGCCAAGUCACAGGGCGCGAAAAUCGACGCAAUCAAAGAAAGCAAUGAAACAGGAAGCAGCAAGAAUGAAGUGCCUGAGACGGCUGCAGAAAGGAGAAGAAGACAUGAUGCUUUGAAAGGAGUAGAGGAAGAUGAAGAAACAGAUGAAGCUAGAGGGCGGGGAAGGGGACGUGGACGUUCUCCUAGUCGUGGCGGCAACGGUCCAGAAGAAAAAGAAACGCCAGCAGAAAAGCGAAGACGGGAAGCCGCUCUCGGAGAAAGCGUACAGAGUGAUAGUGAUGAUGAUGAUACUCCGAGAGUGCCACCACCAGCUGUACGCAGCAGGGGUAUUAGAUUUGCGCAGAGUCCUGUGAGAGGAAAGAAGUAG